CAACCUUUUCAUCCUUUUAUCCAUUCGCGACAAGAACAAAUAUCUGAAUCCCAAGUGCUAAAAAAGCCCAAACUUCUUAAGAGCCUUUCCCAUUCCUGCUUCUUUCCCUUCUCUGCUUAUGGCCACUACCAGUAGCUUAUGUUCAUUACCGGCUCAAUCCCCAACCCUCCCAUCCAUUUCUCUCUCAUCACUUCCAUCGCUCAAAACCCAUCUUCCCCAACAACCCCAUUUCACCAUUUCCCCUUUCUCCACCAAAUUAGCACCCAACUUCAUCAACAAUGAUACACUAACCCACCCACCGCCGUCGGAGGCGGCGGCGGUUCUGGCGGUAGAAGCGGCAAGAGAACAUGUUCUGGUGGAAGCCGGAUGGCUUUCUAAGGAUUGGAGCUGCAAAAACCUUGAGAAAAUGGAGCAGAGCUGUGGGGGUGCUGGGAAUGUGGCUUGGAAAAAGAGGAGAAGGAAAAGGAGGAAAGAGGUGGGGGAGACAGCCGAGGAAAAUUGGGUUGCUUUGUCCAAUGGCCCCUUGAGACCUGGACAUUUGAGCUCAAAAGAAGAAGCAGAGCUUUGUCUGUGUCUAAAGGAGGCAGCACAGAUUGAAAAGAUAAAAACUAGAAUCAUGGAGACUCAAGAACAUGAACCUACAAAUAAGCAAUUGGCCAUUGCCAUGGGCACCAAAUUAGGGUAUAUAGAUAGAGUUCUCUGGAGGGCAAGAGAAUCGAGAGAUCGACUCAUUCGAUGCUAUAGCAAACUAGUCAUUUCGAUUGCGGCUCCAUAUCAGGGCAAAGGGAUUAGCCUGCAAGACCUCACUCAGGAAGGGAACAUUGGUCUUCUUAAAGGAGCUGAAAGAUUUGAACCAAAUAGAGGACAUAAGUUAUCAACUUAUGCUUAUUGGUGGAUAAGACAAACUAUCAUUCAAGCGUUGGAUAAAAAGUCAAGGCUUGUUCGACUGCCGGGUCACAUGGGUCAGAUGGUAGCAAAAAUAGCAGAAGCAAAUAAUCAUCUUGGCAUAAAGUUAUCACGAGUACCCACCCACAAGGAAGUCGCUAAGUAUCUGAAAGUUCCCGUUUCGACUGUAAGACUGGUUACAGAAAGGAAUAAGCGCCCGAUUUCAAUCAAUCAACCGGUAAACGACCGAGGUUGCUUAACCCUGCAGGAGAUCAUGCCAGGGCCAGACAAUUUGACACCAGAGAAUAUGGUAAUAAGAAAACUGAUGAAGCAAGAACUGAAGAAGCUUCUUAAUACUCUAAGCAAAAGAGAAGCACACAUAUUGACCUUGUACUUUGGCCUCAAUGGACAGAUUCCUCAGUCGUUUGAGGAGAUAGGAAAGUCAUUGAAUCUUUCUCGAGAGACGAUUCGACAAACCAAUAUUGCCACAUUGGCGAAACUAAAGAAGUCUAACAUUCUAGACUAUCUUAAAGAUUAUCUAGUGUAGAUAUUUCAAGCUAUGAGGAAAAGUUACAAGCAAAGAUUUAUGAACUAUUGAAGGAUUUGCAGAGUAUUAUUUGUAUGCAUCCAGGUUUAAUUCUCUGUAGUACAUCAAAUGGAGCUAUCCAAACGCUUGCAAACGAGUUGAAACAGGUUUGGUCGAUGUAUAUAGAACGGUCGAAGAACCGAUCUUUUGUUUGAAUAAUCAAGUGCUGGUGUAUGUAAUAAAUAAGAAACCGAGUCGAUUGAUGUUUAGAUGAUGUAUUCUUAUUGUUUUAUAAAAUUAAGUGCUGGUGUAUGUUGACAU